AUGGCGAAUGAAUCUCAGGAAGAAUUUCUCUCAUCAAAACUGCAAAUUAUAUUAUCAUUUUAUACAAGUGAAAAGAUCCAAGAUUCUUUGAAUCCGACUUGGAGAAGUUUUGAUUUACAGAAAUCAAGUUUUCAAGUAAAUACAGCCGUGUCAAAUUUAAUUGUUAGAGUAUGGGGUGGACAUGCUGAAAAUUUUCAACUCAUCAUUGCAUGGCAGGUAGAUCUUAGUGGGUUGAAGUAUCUAGGAGAUAAGAUCCAUAAAGAUGGAAAGAGGUAUCCUCCAAACUCUCUUAUAUUUGGUAUGUUUAAUGGUUUCUAUGGAGCUCCAGAGAAAGUCGUGGUUCCAUACCCUGCAGGAAGUACUCUGUAUCAAAGUUUCUUUGAAGUGGAAGCAAGUCUUAUCAAGCAGUCAUAUACAAAGUUUUCCCUUGCCAGAAUACAUACUAAUCAACGUGCAAUAAAACAAACCGAAGCCACUGUCUGUAAAGUCAGAAGUGCCAUAGAGAAGCAGCUGCUAUUAUCAAGAGAAAAAGUUAAAUUGCUUGCAGAGCGAGAGUCACUGAACUUACAAGUUACAUUAAUGCAAGAAGAAGUAGCAAGACAGAGUAGACUACUUCAAAGAGAACGGGAAUUGCAACACAGAUCAGGAAUUCGAAUUGACUCUAAAGCCCGUGAUGUAAUUACCAAAAGAGAACGACUUAGGAAAGAUAAAGUACAGAUACAGGAACAUAGAAAUGAACAUAUCAACAAAAGGGAGAUAUUACUAAAAUACAAGUCUCAACUAAGUGCCAGGAGACGACAGUUAGUUAGUGAAUUAUCUUUUAUUUAUCCAAUUGUAGAGUUAAGCAAUCAUACGCACCUUAUAUGUGGUGUUAAGUUGCCUAAUGCUGAAGGUUACUCAGGAACAGAUGAGACAACGAUAUCCACAGCACUGGGAUAUACCUGUCACUUAAUGAUCAAAAUGUCUCAGUUUUUACAACUACCACUACGCUAUCCAAUGUAUCACAGGGGAUCACGGUCCAUUAUCAGGGAUCAUGUGAAUGAUAAACUUCAGGACAGAGAUAGAGAUUUUCCUCUGUACUCCAAAGGCAAGGAGAGAUUUCAGUUCAACUAUGCUGUGUAUUUAUUAAAUAAGAAUGUGGCUCAGCUUCGCUAUUUCUGUGGUCUUCCAACAACUGACUUGAGAGCAACACUGCCUAAUCUCAAGAGUUUGCUGGAGUUGAGGUGGGGAGUAAAGUUCGACUAUCAGAAUCAGAUGACUGUGUAUCCUGAGAAAAAGCCAAUAACGCCAUCCAAAGUAUCUAAUAAUUCUCAGUUAACACAGACUGAUGAUUUACAGCCGUUAAUGACCAAUCACUCUAAAAUAGGAAGUCCUAAAGUUAGUCCAAAGGCAAGUCCACGGGCAAGUCCGAAAGUUAGCCCACGGGCAAGUCCACAUGGGUCCCCCUUGAAAGGGAGAAGAAUUUCCGUUGAAUCAACUGACUCUGCUUCCCCAGAAACAUUUGUACAAUUGCAUAUGACGGCAUCAGAGUUGCAAGGGAGUGUGAUGUCACCUCCCAGGACACGGAGUGACAGAGUCCGAGAACUAGAAGGUGUUGUAAGCAUGAGUUACCAAGGGGAGAUAGAAAGUGAUGAAGUUGGUAAAGAAGCAAUAACUAUGGAGGAGGAGAUAGACUCCAAUACUAUCAAUUUUGGUAGUAGAAAAUCAUCGGCCGAGAUUUUGUCCGAUUCUAGUGAAGAGCUUGACGAGCAAGAAACUUCUGAACUUUAUGAAGGUGCUGCUUGUUAUACUCAAAAAGACAAUGCAACUGUUGAAAAUUCAACAGACAAUAUUGAAAGGCCUAGCAAGGAGUCACCAAGGAGAAUAUUUUCUCAAGAAGUUGACAGCGAUGAUUCUGAGGAGGCAGCAGCAUCAGAAAAUGAUUGUACUGUAAGUGUAUGCAAUAGUGACGAUGCAAACACUAUUUUACACAAUGUUAAUGCUCUUGAUGGGUUGGAUGAAAUUAGUAGUCGGACUGAUGCACUUUCUAAUACAGGGAGGUCAACUAGUUUCAGAUUUCAAAGUCCUGUACAUCAAAAAACUGGGAAUAAUAUAUGAGGGGAAAGGUUGGUUGCAAGUCUAUUGUAGCAACAGUACAUUAUUUGGGCUCAAAGGGAAAAGAAACAU